CCCUCUCUCUCUCUCUCUCUCUCACUCACACACACUCCGGAAACUUCUCCGUUAUCGUGCUCUCUGCUUCGUCAAACGUCACUGCUGUAAAAAUGAACUCUGUGCGCGAUUACAGAGAAUCAACACCUUCAAAUUCAGGUGCAGGUUGCAAUGGGGUUUGUAUUAUGAGUACCACAUGGAAAGAUGAACAACAUCCGUCCUUCAUCAACUUCAUCUCCUCUUUCCUCGAUGCUAAUUCUUAUAAACUAAAUUUUGUGCCGAUUGCUCCAGAUUUCAUCUUUAACUGUGGAGGUCUGUCUGUAGCUUUCAUAUUUGCAACUACUUGGAAUUACGAGGACGCUGCAUCUAUCUUCAGCAAAAUCCAGAAGUUGAGAGGGCAAUUUGCACACUUCUAUGUGGUUGUUACUCUUCCAACCAAGGAUCAAAACGACUCUUUCAUACGCGCUUAUUUCAAGUAUGGCAUGGAGCUUGGUAAGCCAACUUGGAUUCCAGUAAAGGACUUAGAGAUGGGAUUCGAGAAGAUUGUAAAGGUUGCACAUGCUCGUGGAGUUUGUAAGCGGCAGGAUGCCAUAUCACAAUUGAGAGCCGAGAGGCAAAAAUCGGUGCAAUCCAUGGACAUCUAUAUCAAAGUGGUUACAUCGAUUCCUGGGAUUGACUACCAUGAUGCAAAUGCGCUCAAUCAAGCCAUUGGUUCCAUAGAAGCAAUAGCUAAAGCAUCGAAGGAGUACAUUUUGGAGAAUACCGAUCUUUCAACUGAGAAAGCUGAAACUAUUACAAGGUUUUUCAGAGACCCAAAGUAUUACCUUGGUCCCAAAAUCAAAUGAAUGUAGAUCUGUAACCUGCAUAUCCCUGUGUUGUGACUGUUUAAAACUGGUCUGUGCAAAUACCACAAUUUAGUUUGCUUAUUGCACAUAGCCUUUGGUUAGAACAAAAUAGAGUUUUUGUGAUUUCUGUUGUCUCAAUGAAACAAGAAAUGGUAAUUUCUUAACGAAA